CCGGCACACCGCCACCGAACAGUCGUGGGACUCCGGUUCUUGUCGUCUCGUCGUCUGCACGGUUACUGCACCAGCUCCGCCCGCGAGCACAAUCUGCGCCGCAGUGCCGCACACAUGAACCGGGUGACUACGCGACACAACCACACGAUAUUAACGAUCAUAAUAUAAUAAACAAAUUAUAUUCUCCGCUCUACGCGUUAAAAAUAUUACCGUUAUUAUCUGCGUGAGUGGGUUUCACGAUCACCUGCUACCGACACGUAUAGGUCGAUAUCGGUUUUUUUUCUUUUUUUUCUUCCGUCCGUCAACAUUUGCCGAACACUGUCGUCCAAAAAACGAAUACGUAUCGACAUCGCAAUUAUAUAUAUCGAGUAAUUAUUACAAUAAUACUAUAUAAUCUCACGUCUGUUACGCCGCUCCGUCGUUACAAAUACACGUCGUCGGCGUCGACAUGGAGACGGACAGCAACAGCGACGGCGAAAUGAUGCCGACCCCUGCGCAGAUGCCACCCUACAGCAGGGCCAACAUCGAGUUGCUGAUCAGGAGACACCAGGCCGCUGUCACGGCACUCGGACUGGCGUUCAACGGCCCGCCACACCAUCACAGGCCGAUGAUGGCGAACGUGGCCACGUCUGUGCCAGCGCCCAAACACCACACCAUUGACGCCAUACUCGGACUCAAGCGCAAUAAUCACAAAGACCAAGAGUCCGGAGGAGAAAACAGCUGCAAUUCUAGUGACACCGAGCAAAACCGUCAUCAGCUCGUGCCGUCCGACCAGCACAACAUCAUGCGAAGUGGUGGCUGCGGAGGCGUCGUCGGUGGCGGUGGAGGCGGAGGAGGAAGCGGUGGCGGAGGAGAUGGCGGUGGAGGAGGAGAAGGAGGACCACCUCAACAGCGUCGGUCCACCGACAUGGACGACAUGAGCGGUGGUGGGUGCGGCGACAGCAGUGACGGCGAACCGGACGACGAGCAACUGUCCGGUGGCCGGGCGAGCACGUCGCCAGCGGCCGCGGCCGGCGGAAUGUCGCCGCCCGACAAGAAAAAGCACCGCCGGAACCGCACCACGUUCACCACCUAUCAGCUUCACGAGUUGGAGAGGGCGUUCGAGAAGUCGCAUUACCCGGACGUGUACAGCCGCGAAGAACUGGCCAUGAAGGUCAACUUGCCGGAAGUCAGGGUUCAGGUAUGGUUCCAGAACCGAAGGGCCAAGUGGCGCAGACAGGAAAAGAUGGAAGCAGCCAGACUGGGCCUGAACGACUACGUGCACUCGACGAUGACCGGUUCGCUGAGCCGAAUGCCCGGGUCCAGCCUAGCCCUGCCUGUCGACCCGUGGUUAUCACCGCCUCUGCUGUCCGCACUGCCUGGUUUCCUGUCUCAUCCGCAGACCGGAUAUCCGAGCUACCUGACGCCGCCGGUGGUGCACUGCGGUCCGCCGUCGUCCGCGCAAAAGUCGCCGCCGUCGCCGCAACAACAGAUCACCGCCAUAUCCACGCCGCCAUCAUCGUCCUCGCUGUCCACGUCUUCGUCGUCAGCGGUGUCCACUGCCGAUCCCAGGACAUCGUCCAUAGCCGUGCUCAGGCUCAAGGCCAAGGAACACGUCGAGUCCAUCACGAAAGGCAUGCAAAUGGUCUAAAGCCCCCGCGAUACUUCUCAUGUACCUGCGUAUACCACCGUAAAAAUGUAUAAUAUAACGAAAAUAAUAACAAUCAUAAUAAUGAUAUUAAUCCCGAUUGUAAUAAAAUUGACAUAAAAUUAUAAGAUUUACAUUUUGCUAUAACCCGGAAGCCCUAAUUAUUAUGUAGAUACUAACAAUUUAUUAG